AUGAAAGUCUUUAUUCUCAAAACUUACUCGGGACUGAUAGCCUGCCGUGUUGCUAUAACGAUUCACACCGUGCUGGAAUACACUGGUUUUGCAUUCUCUUAA